GCGCGAGACAGUCCGCCGCGGAGUGACAGCUCGUGAACUGUCAGCGGCGGUAACCACGGGCGUCCCGUUGCGUUCCUGUUGUGAACAGACGUACCGCGGCCGGCCGGUGUGAAAUAGCGCGACGUUUCCGUCCGGCAGGUCUCUCGUCCCGUCCCGAUCGUUUCGCGCGCGAUUCAUCGCGAAAAAGAGCCGCGACCGCACGGUGGGUGCGCACGCAAGGGAGAACGGCUCGUCGCCGCUGUCGCCGGCUCGGCCAGUCUACUGGAAGAUUCCAUUGCGAGUGGGCUUUGAAAAAGUUCCGGACCCGUCAGCGAGUUUCCGCGGAUACCGUCGCCGGGACGUCGUCACCGGACACAUCAGAUAUUCCAUGGACUAAACCAGCGCGGAAGAAACACGAACAGGCCACGCAAACGGUACGGAAGUUUCGCGAAAGGUUCGGCAAAGAGCGCGUGCGGUAACGAUGUAAAGGGAAGGAAGAAGUGUGAUUUGUGAUUGCGUAGCAGCGUUAACAUUAGUGAGAGAAAGAAAUCGUGUGCAAAAUCGAGACAGCGAUAGAGAGGAAAGGAGAUACGGGGAAAUAGAGAUAUAUAGAGAGAAACGAACACAAAAGGAAGAUAAGAAGCGGGAAAAAGGAAGAGACAAGAAAAGGAGAGGUGCGUUACGAUCGAUCGGAGUCGAUCAAAUUAGAGGGUUCCUGCUCGAUCGUUUCCUCCGUGCGAGAUUCGUCAGAAUCGUUCGAUUGCCUUCCACCUAUUCCCGCCCUCCGACUCGAUAGAUCGCCUCGACGCAGCGGCUGACGUCUGCCUACUUUCUAUCGUCCCGAAACGUAUCCCGAGGUGCACCGCAGCUCGGUAAAAUCUUCUUGAAACGAGUUUUACAGCCGAUUCUCACGGCGAAACGAGACGAAACGAGCGUAAUUACGCGAGAAUAGCGCGCGCGAUCUAACUCUCGUACGUUUUUUUUUCCUUCAGCCUCUUUCUUUGCUAGACUUUGGGAGGGAAGACUUUGGAAAACGGGAACGCGUGAGUACCGUUUAAUCGCGCGGACGAUCGUUUGAGGCGAAAGAUCAGAAAGGGGGAGAUUUUGUGUAAGUUUAAACGAGUUUGAGAGCGAAGUAGUGAAAGGAUGAGAGAGAUCGAAUGAGUAAGUUUGAGGGAGGUUGUUCGGUAGAAGAGAGAGUCUCAGAGAACGAUGAUAGUGAGGUCGAUUCGCGCAAGGAAUCGUACGCAUCGUGGAGGCGAUCUAUGCGAUCGAGAUUAGGAAACGGACGAAAGCCCGAUGACAGCGAGAGCUAUUUGAACUUACAGUGCCGGGGAUCUUUCGCGGCGUUUCGGAGGCACGGAGGAGGAUUGUGCAACGAGCUCGCGAAAUAGCUAAGAUAUCGGCCCGCGAAGGAGAGAAAAGACGAUUCGGCGGGAAGAAAAAUACGGAACAUCCCGUCCGUCUGUCGCGCUGUUUAUCCUGGGAAUCGAGCUGAGCGCGGGCGCCUCAAUACACUACCGCUAUCCGUGCGAUUGCCUCGAGGACGGGUGAACGUAUUCCGGAAAGGAUCGGGCGGAGCGAAGGAAAACAACGUGCGCAGGGAUACGAGAAAAGGAUAUGUACCGAGAGCCGAACAGUUCGUCGGGCAGCGGCGCCUCUACUAAGGGCGACGAAGUCGAGCUUGUCAGUAGAUUCCUGGCGCCGCUCUGCGCCAGGGACGAGGCAGCCAGGAACAUUGCCCUGGCCGCGGCCAGGACCACCGUCGAAGGAUGGCUGGGUGGUGUCGGCAGUCCGAAUCAUUGGGAGGACGCCGGCGAGAUCGAGGACAGCAAGAACGCUGCCGGAAAAUUCUCGGCUCAGGACGGAAGAUACGACAUGAACGUCGAACGCUCGCCCACGAGGUCGUCCCCGAGGAGCGUUCAACACCAGCUGCUGCUGCAAGAUUCGUUCCGAACGGAAGGUUUCUUCCCGCAGAGUGUGAACGACGGCUCAACCUUCCUCGAGGAGAACAAUCCGGAAUGCUCGGAAAGAUACCCGGCCGACUCAUUCGACUGCGUGGACGGUCGUCUCGGCAACGAGAUACGAAGGUACACCGGCGACGGCGUCGAGAGCUGCAGGUCCGGCCACUCGACGUCCUCGGACGAGGGUGGUAAGGGCUUCAAGAUCGAACAGCCGACGCAACAGCAGCAGCAAGGCAGGUGCCUGCGAUUCAAGGAUGGUUCGGAGCCACGCUUCGGCUCAGAACCACGCUUCGACUCCAGUUGCGAGAACGAGCGCAAGUACUAUCCCGGUUCGUCGUCGAGCGAUCGGUCGAGCGACGACUGUUGCCCCGGCAGAACAAAGAGCAGCUACGCGAAGGUGAAGGGCGCCAAGCAGAAGCAACUGGAAGAUGACGAGCUUGACGCAGACACGAGGGUGUACGGCAAGAGUCCCAAGUUCGACGACAACUUGAGCGGCUUCGGGCACCCGCGCGGUGAAGCUACCUCCGCAUUCGACUGUCGGAACCUGAAUCGUCGAUCUAAGAUUGCCGGCAGUGGCGGUGGCGACAUGUUGACGCACGAGCGUCGGUACUACGACGGGGGCGCCGACGACGACGUGUCCUUCAACGAAAGCGAGGCGGCGAGCGCGCGUCGCAGCGACGGAGUCGUCUUCAACACGUUGGAUGGCUUCGAGAACGAGAGCGUCGUCGAGCUCUAUCGCCAGGAUAACGCGCGAGAUUCCGCGCGUAUGAACCUGGACGUGAAUCUGGAGGACGAAGCGAUCUACGCGCGCGGCGACGACGACAACGCGGAGGAUUCUCGCCGGCCGCGAUCCGAGCAGGACUACCUGCGCAAGAACGACGAGCGGAAGUUCAGCGCCGGGCAGAUCAAGAGGCCGCUUUCUCAGGACGACGACGUGUCCUCUAAGAGCGGCAGAGUGCUUGAGAGUCCGGAAGUGACACCCGGCGACGUCGGUAGGAUGCUGAAUCUGGGUAAUGCUUUGGACGGGCCCAGACAGGCGCAGGCCAACAAAUAUCUCAGUUUGGUGACGCUGCACCUGCCAGUGAUCCUCAGGCUCAGCGUCAACUGUCCUUUCCAGAACGUCAGGAUCAAGUGCGCGGAGAUCCUCGAGAUGGUAAAGGAUAGAGGACUUCCAGUGCCGGUACCGGCCUUCGACGGACCUAGUGCCUUCGUCCCUGUCUCGGAGUUGCCGGACCUAAACAAUCUAGAUGAAAAGGUGAGUCCACAAAAAUACGGAAUUGCAUCCUACUAACGCGAGUUCGUAAGUGAGUAUACGCAUAUAUACACAACAAAGGAAAAUACAGUCGAUUAUAUUCUACAUAGAAAGGAACAUAAUUUCUGUGCAACUAUCGAUGCGAAUAAUGUUCACGUAUAAUUAUUGUCGUCGAUACAUAGUCGACAAAAGAAUCGUCAUAAAUGGGCGAUAAUAGUUGGGAUUUAAGUAUAGACUGGAAGGUUCCGUAGGUGCAUAAAGACAGACCGUCUGCUAUACUAAUUUCGCACGUGAAUUAUAUAUCUUUGUGACUAUUAUCGCGAAGCGAUGAGUCAACGCAAUGUGCACAAUGAGAAUAUAAAAAGUUUUAACGACUUUGACCGUCUACCGUAUCUAUUUAUGUCCAUACACACACACACGCAAUGUUGCUAAAUCAGUGCUUGAAAUUAAUUAUAGACGACGUUAGAUGGUACGAUCCAGUUUUCAAUCUUGCCUCCGUAUUAUCCGUCUAUAUUCUCCCGAAAUUAUCGUUCGCGGGUCUUCUGGUCUUUUUCAACUUUGGGCAAAGGUAUAUUUUUAUCGGUUUCUAUGGAAAACGAGAUUCGCGGCAGAAUGCAGCGCAGGAGUCACGUUCGCAAUUGCAAAUAUUCGAGGAAUGUUCGUCAUUUCGUAUCGGCGAUAAAGGCACCUGUUCCGAGAAAAUUUACAGCGCGUGUGUGCGAAACGGCACGUAGCACAGCACAGCUGUUCUAAUUGCAAAUGCCCGGUUUCCGAUUUACUAAGCGUUUAUUACAUAUACGAUUUAUUGGGUGGAACUGUGAUAUAGAAUUAGAGUUUUUUUUUAUAGCUUGAUCGGUAUGUACUCUUUGACAAAUAGCGCGUAAAAUAACACAAAAGUAAGAGAUACAUUUCUUUAUAAGUCGAGUAUAAUCGAGUUGAAAUUUUUUGGUUUCAAGUUAACUCUGCAAAUUUCCUCAAAUGAAGUACUAGUAAAGAAUCUCCAGAUAUAACACCAUACAAGUUAUUUUCCUAAUGUAACAAAUAGUCUCUUAUUGCCGUUUUACUACUCCUGCAUGUUGAGUCUCAAAAAAAGAUUUAGAAUUAUCCAAUAAAUUUGUCAGACGCGUUCGUUCGAAAAUCGAAAAUAUCACGUACAAUAAAUGAUUUCACGCACCUCGAAACAUAAAUCGUUGUCCACACUAUGGUGUCCUGAAUCCUCAGAUGCUGAGUUCUUUAUCUAGAAUUUGCUCCUCGCUUCUUCAUCCGGGCAUUCCAGAUGUUCGUUUGUGACGACACUUGCAUUUGUGCUUACACUUGCACUGACAUUCGCGCAGAUGCGAUUGAAGAAACGCGUGUUAACGAAGUGUUGACGAGAGCGCAUUGUUAAAAGACCACGAAUUAUUUUAAUUUCCCGGUGGGAAUUGUAACACACCGAUACACAUACGUCGUGUCGUAUGUUAUCUCGUUUGUCGGCUCGACACAAUAAUAAUUCGGUCUAAGACUUUGUACGGAAAAAGCGAAGAAAGGCGCAGCGUUCGAGAAAACCAUAACAACAGGCAAAAAGGAUCACGUCAUCGCCCGUUAAUCGCCAAACGUCGUCGCGCGGCACUAGGCGGCCCAGCGAUGACAACAAUCAAUACUUUCAAAACAUCUCAGACCUUCAAGGCGGUUAAACACACUAUCGUACAUCACGUAUUUUUCCAUGUGUUUCCAUUGUGCUCCGAGCCGGCGAGCGAUUCACACGUCGCGUAGUACACGUGCGUUGGUGCUUUAGCUAUUAUUGCCGUCGGAUGUUUAAACUAUUUCGACGAUAUAUUUAAACUAUUAUAAUACAUUUAAUCGAACUCUCGUCGCGGCAUCGCGUUAAUUAACACGCGUCUCUGCGAUCGAAUUUACGCGAGUGUCAGUGCUAAUGUCAGUACCACAAGGGGGUAUCCGGAGUACCAUGACGAAGAAGCCGAGAGUCAGGAUGUUGGAUUGGGAAGCCAAGAUGAAGGACGCGGUAUGCAGACUACCAGACAUCAGAUAUUUCCAGGUGUGUCAAAUCAUUUAUCAUUCAGGAGAUUUGCGAUUUUAAUUUGAUGAAUUGACGUACAAUAUAAAGAUAUCUGAGUCAAAAUUUCGGUCGCUAUUCAUAGUUCGCUAUUUAUAGUUGAACGAUUAUAUUUUUGUAAAUCUCUGCUUAUUCCUCGAUGUGUAUCUGUUUUUCCUUCAUUAUACAACAAGAAAUAUCGAUCCAAACGACUGAAUAACGGUCCAUGAAUAUGCAUUUAUAAUUAAUCAUGUUCUCAAAGAUAAAUAAUUUGCAACUAUGAAUACCUCGGCCUUAGAAUCUAGUGUAAAUUUCGCAGAUGCUGUUUUUCACGCCUGAUAAUGCUCUUUGAUUCAUGUCAUCUGUUUUGAAACUAUUAAUGUCUUUUUAUCGUUUUUGUUUAUCAGCCAAGUUCAAAAGUUUAAUCUUUACUAGCGUUGAGCAUUAUUGGACAUAUAUUUGCUAUUUUUAUUUUUACAAUUUAUUCCUCUUGAGCUUUUUGGAGAACUCCAAAUCCUGUCAACAUUUUCAACAAAAAGAAAGAGAGAAAAUAAUUAUGAAUAGAGAACACUUAUUGACUCAUUUGCUGAUAUUAAGUAUUUAAUAUUUGUUUAUCUCAGCGUGUAAUAUUCCGUUAUUUCACGUAUUUUAUAUGUAGCUAAGUAGGUCACGUAAGUCAAUACAUUGUUUGCUUAAAAUUAAAAUUUUAGAUUGCACGCGGGUAGAAUAUUGAGAUAAUCGGAUAUUAAAUAAUUCUGAAACAUUGUUUUUUAAAAGUCAACAUGGGGAAAGCAACUGCAUCACUUGCAGCAUCGAGAUAGGAUAAUAUAUUUGUGUUAUAUUUUGUAAUUCCCUAUUGAUUCUUCACGUUUAAUGAAAUUUACAGUGCUAAUGUAGAACCAAACUUUCGACUCUGGUAUAUACACGGUACUUUAAACUUAUCUUUAGUUUGCGAUUUCUUUAACCGAGUUAAAGCAUAGUACAUAGCGAAUUUAUAAUUCUGAAAGAGAAUCGAUAUCAUAAAUUGACGAGAAAUAUCCAUAGCAUGGUCGUUGGAACCAUACCACACUUGUGAGAUACAACACUGUAAGUGUAUAGAUCACCGCACUCAAUUGAUAAUUAAUUACGCGAAUCCCUUGAAAGUAGGGGAACAUAAGAAAGCGAGUUUGUUGAAAUCUGAACGAGUUCUGUCAAUCGAAAGACUCUCGUUCCCUCAUUCAUUUUCUCAAUACCGUUAAAACCGUGGCAACUACGUGCGUGAGUGCGAUUGUCAUCGCGAUGUAUUAUGUAAUUUCGCUUGGCGGACAAUUCUCUUCAAUUUUCCACGGCGACACGCAGUACUCAUUAUUCAAUUUCAGCGGUCGUCGAACCUCCGGCGUCAAAAAUCGCGCGGCGGUUUCGUCGGACGAUACGGCCCAAUUUUGACACAUUUUGACACACGGAUACGAUUCUGCCAGUGGGGGAACACAGAGGGCCCGUUCACAUCCGAUCGGACUCUGAAUACGAAAAUCAUGCGUGCGUGAUUCCGCGUGUAGUUGCAACCUUCGCGCUAACAUUGCUACCGCGUCCGCGCGGACGGUAUAAUCGACUGUUCUCUUUUGACAUGCAAAUGAAGCCGCGUAGCAUUCAAAUUGCAGCCAUAUUCCGACGUAGUUAUACCACUUUUAUACCGCCGCCGGAGCGCAUGGUUGCGUUAACGCGGCGAUAACGCGCCGGGCUUUUAUUGGGUUGCAUUUUACGACGCGUAUCGCGGUUGCACGUCGGCAAUCGGAGAGGUAUCGGUGGCGUGAAAACGGGAAAUAAACGGCACGACUUAUUAUAUGCGUGCUCCUUGCAUUUACUCGAGACCGGCUGAAGUGAUCCGUAAAUAAAACGUACAUUUUAUCCGGUGUGACGUGCCGUGGCGCAAUUCGCGCCACGACGCGCGGCUCAGAUUGAGCGCGACGGUGCUUACAAACGUUCGUCCGCGCGUACGCAUUGGUGAGUCGUACGGCCUCUUGUAAAAAUUUUACAACGUUGUUCUGUACAUGGCCGUUGCUUUCGACAAUUGCGUAACGGUGAUACGCCAUCACGAUAAUUUUCCUUUUACUAUGAAUCUGUACUAUUACUCUAACGCUAUUGAAAGGCGUUGCGAUAUCACAUUGACCCUAUCGCAGUCUAUCACACGAGACGUAUGGUCAGUGUCGCGGAUACACGCGUAAACAAUAAUCCACUCGGGCUCGGCCCGGGAAGCUGUCAUUUUACACGUAACGCAAACUAACACGCGAUUAGAACGCGCGCUGUGUUUCCAGCCGAUGACUUAUCGUCCGUCUACUUUAAACGGCUAAAUUAUCAGAUGAUAAUUUAGAUAUCCUACAGGAGAGAGGGCACAGACGCACGCACACAUCGGGCGUAUAAUUAAUACACGCGAUACUCGCACACGCGCGGGCCCACGUACGCGCGCGCGGCUAAAUCGAAUGUCAUUAGCGCUUAGUCAGUGCCGGGGCGAGCAUUCCACCGCGUGUCCGCGGCAUUGCGCGCGUGACUGUCGCAUUUGCAGGUGCAAAGUGUCGUCGGCCAAUGAGGUCGUCGAUCGUUCACUGUCCGAUCGAGGAUUUUCACGCGCCUCCAACCCUGGCUGGUGGUGCAACGCGCUCCUCGAGAUCGAGGCUAAUGCAUCUUGCCAAUCGUAGGAGGGGAAUAAGAAAAGAAAAAAGAAACGCAUAAACCAGUCAAGAUCGCGACCGCGUCGAUAUGUGCUUCGCUACGUUGCGCCAAGUGCCGCUGCGAAUCGUCGUGUGCGCCGUGUCGAUGCACGAGGAUGGAUUUACUGCGCGAGAUAUUUUCCGAGUCAGACGAUUCUACGAUUUUGGGACGGAACUUGGUGUGCAGAAUUCUGCUUGUUAAAGAAUCGCCAAAUUAUCGCACACGGCACGUUACGGAUAGAAUCUUCCUCGAAAUUCUGUCGCGAGUCAUAGAUCGUCUAAAGUGGAUUCUGGAACGUAUCCUUCUUAACUUUCUUUUCUCCUCGUUUAUAUUUAUAAUAAGAAACUAUCAAGGCAGUAUUUAUCGCCGUAAAAAAUGUCGUCAAGCGUUAUGCUUUAAAUAAAUGUGACUUCUCACCAAUAUCAGUCGAUUAAAAUAUUAGUUGACUGAUAUAAUCGACAAAACUAUAAUUAGUCGUCAUAAAAUAGCUAUAAAAUAUAUAAAAUAGCUUAGUCGAUUGACGAAAUUAUCAACCAAGUUUCGAUUUGAUUAUAAGAUCAAUAAUUAAUUUCUCCAAUCAAUUAUCUAUGGUUAUAUAUAUGACGACUAAUUGGUUUAUUUAUUCUGAUUAGUGAUUUGCCGACUGUCUUAGUCAAGUCAAAUUUUAAAUGAUCAAUGCCCAAUACCGUUCCUUAUACUAAGAAAAGAAAUAAUUGAAUUAAUAAAACUUUGCUUGUUUAGUCGAUCAAACUUGACCUUUACUUGUUUAGUCGAUCAAACGCAUGAUAUAGUUACUAUAAUGCGUUAUCAAUUAAUUCAAUGAUCGCGAUUUAGUCAGUAAGUGUAAUGCAACUGAUGGUACUAACACAUAAUUUGUUCAAUAGAUAUUGGAUAUUUUUUUGGCAAGGCAGAUGAUCGCUGAUUUUGUCGACUCAACUGCUUUUUUGCUCAGUGCACAACGCGAAGACUGCGGCUCUCGCGAUUAAUCACUGAUAGCAUACCUAACAAAGUACUCUUGCGCGAAACCCGACACAUAUUUCGCCAUUAUCCCUCGACUCUCGCAUAAAUAAUAACAAAGUGCGCGUACUUUAGUGGCGCGAAGCUUGAGGAGGCAUCGCGAGACGCGGUUGCUCACUCUCAUGGAUAAAGCAAAGUCUUUAUGGAAGUUCCGCCGCGACCUCGCACGCGCUUUGCAUAGACUGCAGCCUCCUAAUGUACUUCUAAUGUUCUCGUGCAAAUGGUUAUUUCUAACGGCUCGAGGAACAAGCCAACACUUUUAGUUCGAUAAUGGUGACAUUAGCGCGUCGUUGGCGGAUCACCGAGUGGCCGUCGUCACCGCGAUGCACCGAGAGAAAAAGUUUUGCCAAUUUAAAAUUAUUUUUUUAUUUAAUUUUACUGUAACGUUAGUGUGAUAAUCUUAUAUGCAUGUUACAACUAUCACUUUACUGCACAAAAUAUGAUUAGGGCCAAAAAUAACUAAAAUGUUAGCUGAAUCACUUUUUCUCUCAGUGUGUUUGUGACAUUGCGUUGCCCACUCGCGAAUCAUCUUUCCACCGCUAAUAAUGAACAUCGUCCACACCAGUGGUAUAAACAUCAUGAUUUUAUGCGUUGAAGUCAGGUGAUUCUUCGCAAUUCGAAGUAAACAAUCUCGAGCGGGUAAUUUCACAUGCGGUCGUUGCGCAAUGAUUUGUUUUGAACGUCCCGGAUCGACUUGAAAGCGACUUCAUACCUGCUCCCAGGAGUCCCCCGUUUCUUCGACGGUGCGUCUUAAACCUCCUUAGUCCGCUGUCCGACGCGGGAAUAACUUUACUCGUCGUUGCGCAACCAUUUGUUUUCGACUACGGGCUCGAGACGCGGAAUCGCCGUGAGACAAGGGGAAUCGACUGCGAACUUCCGAGUUCGCAAUCGGUUUCGAGGUGGCACCAUGUCGGGUUAGGAGCUAGACUUCUCUGACUUACCUACCUGUCCACUUACCUAGCUACGCGUCUCUACCGUCGAUCUAUAACGUCGAUCAACGGGAAUAACCUCGACUUGCCGUUGCGCAACGAUUUGUUUUCCGUCGCGCGCGGGGUGAAAAUUGUCGCAUGAUAGAGAGGAGACUGGUUCGCCGUUAUAUGCAGUGUGCUUGGCUGUAGGUGCCUUCUAGAGGUUAAGAAAAUAUCUGUGUCACCCGUGGCGAUCGGUUGCCGAGCGCUUGCCAGAUACCCGCCCGUUGUAAACAGGAUGGAAUUUGCAUGCAUAUUCAAGCGACGCGCGGCCUAUGCGAGAGCAUCGAGGUCGGGCUUAAUUCGCCCGGGGAUUUCAAGCUACGAGAGUAAAAGCGCUCUUGCGCGCGCUUUUUGGUGAAAGUACGGGCGAAUGGAUGAACGAACGAACAGAUAUAAAUGGACGGACGGGCAGAUGGACGCGCGGCUACGAAGGAUCGAUCAAUUGGGUUAAUGACUCGCUGAGUACACUCGCGGUUCGCGCUGGCCGUGACUCGAGGCUGCGGAAUCAAUCGGGGUAAUUGCGACAGCGGGGCAAAUAGCGCGUCGAAAGUAACGCCCGACGGUAAAAUUAACGCUCAUCACUUUUUAACGACUUUAUGAUGACGCGCGAAUGACGGUAAUGAAGGCGGGUAUUGCCGGUUUUCGGUAACAUUUACUAUCACCCUCGACGGUGGCGUAAUCGAGGUUCUCUCGCAGUUUUUUGGACGACCCGGUAACCAUGGCUGAGCGGCCAGCGUUACGUUAUAAUCAUUUAAUCCAAUCACUUUCGACGAGUUGCUAGAGUCGAUGUCGCUCUUUCAACGGGUCUUUGCCGUAAUCAAAUUGAUCCGGCAAGAAACAUGAAAAUCGCACUUUAGUAUUCACUUUAGUAAGACAUUCAAGCUACAUAUGAUAAUUGGAGCUGAAUCGUGGAUAUUUGUGUGUAUGUGUGUAUGUGUGAGCAAUAUUUAUUAGAUAAUAAAAUCCAGAAAAUAGUACGAAUUAUACACCAAUUUGCAAUUCAGCUCUGUGAGAUUAGGCUAUUGAAGAAAACAAUCGGGAGGAACGUCAUCUCAUCUUAUUUGUAUAAAGCAAAAGUACCAAUGUCUGGACACGCAUCUAACUCUGGACAUUCUUAUUGUUUGGGUCUUUAAAUACGAAUAUUUAAAAUACGAAUAUUUAAACUAUUAACUUGGAAUAUAUGUA